CCCCGAGACUGGGACUGAGACCGGGAUCCCGGGACCGAGACCGGGACCGCCGUCGCUGUGGGCUCGUCGCGUCCCUCUGAGCGCGGAUGGCCAGCACUCCUGGGAAUCAGAAAGCCCCACACUCAGAAAAUUCCCAAGGGAAGAAGUCCCAGCAUGCAGAAGAAGCCAUUUUUUACAUGAACUGCAGAGCAGCUUAUCUGACUGUCUUCAAAAGCAGCUUAGAAAAUAUUAAAUCAAAAGAACAACUCAGUUUAGUGCUUCAACAGGCUGGAAGAAAUCCUUCUCAGAAGACCAUUAACAAAUACUGGACUUCACAAACAACUUCACUGAAUUUUGAUGAUUUUUGUGCUAUUUUAAAAAAAGAAAAGCCAACUACAAAAAAUGAACUGCUGGAAGCAUUUGGGAAAAUAGACACAGAUAAGGCUGGAUAUAUUUUACAUGAUGAACUUUGUAAAAUUCUUACAACAAGAGGUGAUAAAAUGACCUGGGAGGAAGUGACCACCAUUACUAACCAAGCUGAUUUUAACUGCAGUGGCAAACUUGACUACAACAAGUUCUGUGAGCUGUACCUGACCACCAGUGAGCAGUGCUGCAAAGCUGCAAGGGACAGGCUGGAAACUGAUCCCCGACUGAGGCAGCAGCACUUUGGCAAUCAAACUGAAAAUUUCUCUGAAGGGAUCUCACUGCCAGUGUCAAAACCAUCCCCAAGGGUCUCCAGGAAAACUGAUCACAAACUGCCUAAAGCUGACAGCAGAGCUCCUUCAAGACCUUCAUCAGCUCCAAGCAGCAAAGCUUCCACCUCCACCACUGUCACUGUGGGUGCCAGCAGCAGCAGCAGCACAAAGCUAAUUGUUGAGCCUGACACAAUGAAGGAAUGGCAACAUGCACAGUGCAGAGGCUGCUUCUACCUGGAGGAAGAUGGGGAGAUCAUCAGUCACAAGUACAGGCUGCACCUACCCCAAAGAUCUGCACUCUGUGUCACCAUCAGACCUUUCACCAUUCCCCAAGCAGAAAGAAAAUCUUGUCACUGGUUGUCUGUGGAUACAACUUUGUUUAUUCUGAAGGAAAAUGAAACCCAAGAGAAUCUACAGCUUGUGAGCUUUACUGAACUCCAAAACAAAGAGUGUGUGUGUUAA